AUGAUAAGAAAAAUAAAUCUCAAGAACAAACUUCUUUUGAAUCACCAUCGGUCGGUAGGAGCACGACUUGUCGGAGGCGAUCCAAUCAAGAAUAGUAAUAAUCAACAAUUACUUGUCGUUGGAACAAGACAAAAAGCAAGAGUAAUUGAUAGUCUUGAUCUUGAAAAUUUUUUACAUCCAAAAGAAGUUCAUAUUGAUACAGAAAUUGAUGAUCGAAAAUCACCGGGUUUACAACAAAUAUCAAAUAGACGAAGUCCAUUUCGUGAUCCAAGUUCCAACGCUGAACGCAUAGAAGAAUAUUUUACUAAUAGUACAUCAAAAUUCGAAAAUGACAAUGAUGAAGAACAAUUUACAAUACCUGAAUUACCUAGUGGUGAACAAUUAGUUUUAAAUUUAAAAACAACAUGGGGUGAUCGUCAUUAUAUUGGUUUAAAUGCUAUUGAAAUAUUUUCUAGUCAAGGUUAUCCAGUUGUAAUUCGAAAAAUAACAGCAGAUCCAGCAGAUAUAAAUGUCUUACCUGAAUAUGGUAAUGAUCCACGUGUUGUAACUAAUUUAAUUGAUGGAGUUAAUAAAACUCGUGAUGAUAUUCAUAUGUGGCUUGCACCAUUUACACCUGGUGAAAAUCAUUUAAUUUAUAUUACAUUUGAACAUCCAACAAAAAUUGCUAUGAUUAGAAUAUGGAAUUACAAUAAAAAUCGUAUUCAUUCUGUACGUGGUGCUAAAGAUGUUGAAAUAAGUCUUGAUGGUUUUAUGAUAUUUAAAGGUGAAAUAAGUCAAGCUUGUGGUAAUAUUAUAGCUACAAAUGAUCCAUCAGCCUAUGGAGAAACUAUUUUAUUUACAACUGAUGAUGAAAUUCUUGAAAAAAUAUCAAUUCAUGAUGAAAUGUAUGUUGAUCAAGAAACUGCUCAAAAUGAUGAAGAAAAUAUACGAACAAAUGCAAAUCGACCACCAACUGCUGAAACUAAUAUUCGACCAAUGACACGUGCUAUGUUACGACGACCAUUUACAGCUAUUCGUUCAUUAAAUGAAAGUCAAAUAUCAGAAUAUUAUGGAAGAAAAUUAAUUUUGACUAUAACAGAAACAUGGGGUGAUAAACAUUAUUGUGGUUUAACAGGUAUUGAAAUUAUUGAUAUAAAUGAUGUUGAAUGUAUAAUACAAUCAUAUGAUGCACGUCCACGUGAUAUAACUGUUCUACCAGGAAAUGCUAAUGAUGUUCGAACACUUGAUAAAUUAUUUGAUGGUGAAAAUCUUACUUGUGAUAAUCGUCAUAUGUGGUUAUGUCCAUUUCGAAAAAAAGAAAAAGUACGGAUUUUUAUAUCAUUAAAUGGAUCAAAACGAUUACAUGGUUUACGUAUAUGGAAUUAUAAUAAAUCAUUAGAUGAUACAUAUCGAGGAGUUAAACGACUUCAUGUACAAUUAAAUGAUAAGAUUAUUUCACCAAAACAAGGCUUUCUAUUAAGACGUGCACCUGGUCAUUGUUUUUUUGAUUUUGCACAAGAAAUUGUUUUUGCUCAUGCUAAAACCAUACAUGAUAAUUUACAAAAAAAACAAUCGUUGGCUACUAAUCGUGACAUUGAGUCAGAUAUAUCAAUGCCAAAUGGAUUUAUUUAUGAAUUUCAACUACAUUCAACUCAUGGUGAUGCUUAUUAUAUUGGAUUAAAUGGUUUAGAAUUUUAUGAUGAACAUGGUGAAUUUAUUGGUUUAACUGAACAAAAUAUUGCUGCUUAUCCUCAUAGUGUAAAUAGUCUUAAUUCAGGUACAGACAAUGAUAAUGAUGUUCGUACACCAGAUAAAUUAAUUGAUGGUGAAAAUGAUGAAAUUGAUGGUACACAUUGUUGGAUUGCACCUAUUUUAGCUAAUGUUAUAAAUCGAAUAUUUGUUAUUUUUGAUCGACCAACAUCUGUAUCUAUGAUAAAAAUAUGGAAUUAUGCUAAAACUCCUAAUCGUGGUGUUAGAGAAUUUUCUUUACUUGUUGAUGAUUUACUUGUAUGGACAGGUAUAUUAGAUAAAAUAGAUGAAAAACAAGUGCCUUUUAAUACAAUUCUAUUUUCUGAUGAAAGAAUUCUUACUGAACAUGAAAAACAAAGUGUCUUAGAAAAUAAAGGCUCACCAGAUAAUAUUUCCAGUCAAACAUCAAAUAGAGAUCAAACUGUUGAUUAUUCCCAACGUCCAACAACAUCCGUUCCACGUAAUAACAAACGACGCUAA